GUCUGGCUGAGACUCACGCGCUCCAUCACCUUCCGACCUGCUUUCCUCCUUUGGCAAAGUACCUUCAAGCAAUCAUCUUUGUGCAUGAGAGGAGCUUAUUAGCCCGCGUCCGCCGGUUCGCUGAAGAGCGUGCGCUCAGGUUUUCCUUCGGUCGGGAGUAGAGGAAACUGGUAUUCUUGUGCCGGUUCCUCUUGUGCAAUCGCCACUGCAUCUGCCAUGCCAUCAUUCUACCCUCGCAACAUGCCCCGCCAGUUGCCUCUGACUCCUCCGGACUUCGUCCCCAGCUACAACACCAACGGCUGCGGCAAUAUGCAGCCCCAGCAGCCGCAGUACCCCACCCAGCAGGGCCAGCGACAAGAUGAGGGUUACGAUUUCGCCGAUCGCUAUGGCCAGCUGUCCAUCGCGGUUCCGCCGAUGUACCCACAGUCCGGCACCUAUCUGAGCAGCGCGCCUCCGGCCCUGCCACCCUCAAAUUCCUACUACGAGCCUAUGGGUGCGCCCAUCUUGCCGCCAAUGCGCGUCCACAAUGGCCCUCGGAUGGGAGAAGCAGCGAUGCAUCAGCGCCGUGCGCAGGAUCAGCCCCAGCGCAAUCAGCCACCAAAGGAAGACAAAUCCGUUGGUGGAGUGUCCGCGAAGCUGGACUACGAUAUGGAAGUCAUGACUGACUUCGUCACCGCAAUGGCUCACGGAAUCAUUUCACCAGCCAAAGAACUCCCCCCCUCAUACCGUAGAUGGGUCGGGCAAGUCUUGUGCGCGACUAGACUGCCUUCAGCCACAAUCCUGCUCAGUCUGCACUACUUGUCCUCGCGAUUGUCUAUGCUCUCUACUGGAGGCGGGCCUUCUGAGGUUGACAUGUAUCGCACCGUCACUGUUGCUUUGAUCAUGGGCAGCAAGUUCCUCGACGAUAAUACAUUCAUCAACCGCUCCUGGGCAGAGGUCAGCGGCAUCGCCGUGGCAAUCUUGAAUGAGAUGGAGACAGAGUGGCUUAUUGCCAUUGACUUCAAGCUCCAUCGCGACCCAGCGGAGCAGCAGGGCUGGUGUUCCUGGAAUGAGCAUUGGAAGGAGUAUCAGCGGGUUCAGCUUCAUCGCCCUAACACGCUUAGUCCGAUCGACACUACAGUGCAGCGCCAGCGCGUUCUCAAUCAGAACAAGCCGCUCCCACCGACACCCCUCCAUCAAUCGUUCGGUCAGUGUCCCGCGUACGAGUUUGGCCCGAAGCCGCAGUCUCAGUACAGCACUCCUGCCUACUCUCAGUACGAUCCUUGGCUGGUUCCCCGCUCUGCGACCGACAACUCUCCUGCAUCGGCGCCAACCACAGGGCCGACGACUCCGGAGUACUAUGGUGGACCGGGUACCUGGGCGCCGCCCGAAGGCUAUUCGCGACGUACCAUGUUUGGCUUCUCCUCGCUGUCUCAGCCACCGCACCAGUCUCAGCCGCACCAGCAGCCAGCCAACUACGGCCCACCUGCUUACACGCCUCAGUACAACACACCGGUCUGGAGCAAUCACCCGGUCAACUGCUCUUGCAUGUACUGUGCCCAGAGACAGCCAUCUUACUUCAUGGCUCCAGGAUAUGGACCCCAGUCUGUUGCAGGCUAACCAAGUGACUAGGUGUGCGAUGUCUGGUUUUCCCUAUUGCGUGUGCUCCACCUCGGAUGACUUCGAUUCUGAGGAGACCUGAAAAGCCCUUCCGAGACUUCGGCAUAUGUCGUCUGCUUUCGACUCAGCAAUUUCCCUUGCCAUGGGUCACAUAACUCUUUCCUUACAAAAGUUUCCAUCGGUUGCAAAUUGUGGCAUCAGUUCUGCGGUUCUCC